GAAAGAUUACACUUGAGAGUCGAAAUACAUCUUUACAUCACACGUCAGUGGCCACUGAGCUGUCUUCAAAGUAACACGGAUUAGACACACGCAGUUUGCUUUACGUAAUCAUGCCUGCGUGCCUGUGAUAUAGUGACAGACUGAUACUGUGAUUAAACCCGGACGUUGAGUGUUUGAACUUAAUAAGCUUCUAGAUAUUGUUUAUUUCAUCGAUGGCUGUUUCGACGCUGAAUAUGACGCCGUACUUCACAGGAUAUUCCUUCCAAGGGCAAGGACGCAUGAAUCAGCUUGGAGGAGUGUUCAUCAACGGUCGUCCUCUGCCGAACCACAUCAGGCUGAAGAUCGUGGAGAUGGCGGCGGCGGGCGUGCGGCCCUGCGUCAUCUCGCGCCAGCUACGGGUCUCCCACGGCUGCGUCUCCAAGAUACUCAAUAGAUAUCAGGAGACUGGUUCCAUCCGCCCUGGUGUUAUUGGAGGAUCGAAACCGAGAGUUGCAACGCCCGAAGUAGAGAAUCGGAUAGAAGAGCUCAAGAGACAAAACCCAGGUAUAUUUUCCUGGGAAAUUAGAGAUAAACUUAUAAAAGAAGGCAUUUGUGAUAAAAACACUGCGCCGUCAGUCAGUUCUAUUUCGAGGCUAAUACGAGGAGGCAAAAGGGACGAAUCAGAUCCUAGAAGAAACCACAGUAUUGAUGGUAUUCUAGGCCCAUCAUCGUGUGAAGAUUCUGACACGGAAUCUGAACCGGGCAUCACCUUGAAGAGAAAACAGCGAAGAUCUAGAACUACCUUCUCUGGAGAUCAACUUGAGGCAUUAGAACGCGCCUUUACAAGAACACAAUAUCCCGACGUAUAUACCAGAGAAGAACUGGCACAAAAAACUAAGCUAACUGAAGCCAGAGUUCAGGUAUGGUUUUCGAACCGAAGAGCACGACUGCGGAAGCAACUAAAUUCGCAACAAUUAAGCGCUUUCAAUACUAUGUCUUUACAAUCCGCCUUUCCACCUGUUCAUCAACAGUAUGAACCCCCCUCAACGUUUAAUGCCCAAUGUGCUUCAUGGCAACAAUCUUAUCCAUCAUUAGGAUCAAGUUCGGUACUAAACUCGGCAUUGGCUCCUUCUCUGCAUCAAACUGGGCUCACGGCACCUUCAGUUUGCCAAUCAGCAAUUGCUGCUUCCUCUUUACACCCUCCGACAUCCAGUUCAUUUUCAUCGGGCAAUUUGACGCCGCUGUCGUCUGAGAUUCCUUCUUCCUUACAAACAUCUGCAGAUGCUACUCCACCCAGCUCCAGUCCCGUAGCGGCCAGCCCACCAUCUGUAACCAAUCAAAGCAGUGGUUUAACGUACCAACAUCCCACGUACCAAAGCGCAAACGACGCUGUGUCUCAUCCCUACGGCUAUGGGGACUACGCGAAGCAAGAACAUAUGUCAGCUCAUAAUCACUGGACUUCAAGACAACUCGGUAACACUCAGAACAAGUUAGCUGAAGUCAGCGCAUGGCCAGAAAAUUAUAGUUCUUUUUUUGGUACUAAUCCAUCUCACUACGCAUCGCACGCACACUCGCCUACAGAAGCUAAAUCUGGAUACCCUUACAUUGGACAACUUGGCGGCAUGGAUAUGGGAAGAGUUCAUUGAUUUAUAUAUCUUUAAAACGAGCGUUUAUAUAAUUAUAUCGAUGUUUAAUUCUUACUAAAUAAUUAGUAUCUAAUAGAUCGAUCUAUAUAAGUGUUAGAGUUCACGACAUAUCAACUGUGCCUUUCAAGCGAAUUUUAAUAAACUUAAAUAAUAAAUGCGUAAGAACUUAUGUAUGAGACUGUACAACGAUAGUUUUAUAGCACAGGUCUAUUAUGAAAUUUUCUAAAUUAGUAUUUAAAUUGAUUAUUAAUUUUCAUUUGUAUUAUUCAAUAGCUUUAUUUAGUAUUUGUUAAUACCGAGCGUUCCUAUAUGAAAUAAGAACUAGUUUAUGAUCAGUAGAUAAUAUUCUUCUACAUACAUUUAGUGAUAAUCGUUGAAUAUUUUUAAGUAGUCAGUAAAAUGUUCUAAUAUUGUAUAAAUGUCGUAGAUUUAAGUUUAAAUGUAUUUAGAAAUCAUCCUUGAAAAUGCCUUGUAUAAAAUUGUGAUGUAACUAGCAGAAAAUAUUUAUUUUUAGAAAAUUAUGUGCAAAUUGGUUAAGAUAAUUAAUAUUUUGUAAA